AUGUCUAGGACCUAUUGUAUUGGCCUGAAGGGCAAUAAACGAGAGACUGAAAAGGAAGGUACCUCGAAACAAAAAGAAGGAACUCUAGCAUCGGUCUAUCGCUAUACUACGAGGGUUGUUCUACCGAUCGGCCCAGAUGCUGACUACCUUAGCGUACGUCGCUCGGGGCCUACAAACCUCUCGUUAGCUCCAUCCCUUCUUAAGCCUGUAACAUAUUUAGGUCAGCGGAGAAAGCGUGUCCCUCAUCUGAUGAUGCAGGGGACCCGUCGACUUUCUCCCUCAUUGGCCCGGGACGCUCGUAAGGUGCUUAUUACAGGGGUACGGAUACAACCGCACCUAAACUACGCUUUUUUUAUAAAGCCAUAG